UUUACCUCUGAAAAUGACUGCUAGCAUGCGUUAACCCAAAUGCCUACUACUACUACUACUCUCCUGGGGAUCGCCAUCACCAUUAGGUCUGUGAAGCCAUGUCCGAUGGUAUCAAGUCCGAACAAAAAUGGAAAGAGGGAUAGAGAUAGAUAGGAAGCAGGGGAGGAAAAAGCGAAGAGAGUGGUGAGUUUUGGGAUUUGUAGUUCAAAGUUUGAACUAUCUGCUUCCUUCUCAGCUGCCAUGGCGACCUCAUAGAUCUAUUUAAUAUUUAUCCCUCAUUCCUUCCGAGGCUCCACGAGUGGCCUACACCCUACUACUGCUUCCCCUCUCUACUCCUCCCUACUCGCCAGUCACAGCUCAUCCCCACCAAGAAGUCGAACCAGUGGAGAAAAAGCUGCGAGAUUUUAGGGGAGAAUAAAAAAACCCUCAACCCCUUCCCCACAACCGAGCCUUCAGAAUCAAAGCUCGCUUCUUUCUCUCUCUUUGUUUCUUUCUUCUUCCUCGAUCGGCCAGCUGAGACAAGAGUCAAUAGCCCGAGCCCCACGCACCACGUGUUCCACGAAACCCUAACCCCUUCUCCAAUCUGUUUCCUGUUUUUACAUUUUUACUUUUUAUUUUUCAAAAAUUGAUGAAUUUCUUACGAGGAUUUCAUAGAGCUGAGCUAAAAUCACCAGAGCGGAGUUUCUAGAGAGGAAAAGGAUCAAACUUGACGAGUUGCUGAUUAGUAAAGCAUGGAGCAAGUCGACCACCGACACAGCGGGGCCCACCCUCCGCCUCCUCCGGCGACAUCGCCGCUACUCACCGGAUCUGGCCACGUGGACUCAUCCCUCGCCAUUUCAACCACCAAGCAGAAGACGACGGUUGCGGUGGCGGCGGCGGCACCGGGAGCUGUUGCUCAACCGAAACGGUCAUCGAAAGACCGGCACACCAAAGUUGACGGCCGAGGGAGGCGAAUACGCAUGCCGGCGGCCUGCGCCGCCCGUGUGUUCCAGCUCACCCGCGAGCUCGGUCACAAAUCCGAAGGCGAAACAAUCGAAUGGCUUCUCCAACAAGCCGAACCGGCCAUCAUCGCUACCACCGGAACCGGAACCAUUCCGGCCAAUUUCUCCUCCCUCAACGUAUCUAUCCGCAGCAGCGGAUCUUCUCUCUCAGCCCCGCCUUCCAAAUCCGCCCCUCUUUUCGCACACCACUACGAAGUCGCCGACCCAUCCUCCAUGCUCGCCUUCCACCAGCCCGACGUCCCUCUCGUCGCCGAAUCCACCGACCAAUAUUUUAGGAAACGAUUCAGAGAAAACCUUUUCAAAGAAGAACAAGAAGGGCCCGGCGCCGGUGCCGGAGCGGCUGCGUCGUCGUCGCCUCCAAAACCGGGGUCGCGGCCGGUUGUCCCGGCUGCCAUGUGGGCGGUGGCGCCAGGGAGUAGCACCGGAGGAGGGGCGUUCUGGAUGCUUCCGGUCACGGCGGCCUCGGCUCCGAUGGCACCAGAAGCGCCUUCUUCAUUAUGGACUUUUCCGACUGCAGCGGGGGCGAGUACGAUGCAAGCGCCGUUACAGUUUGGACGCGCCAUGGGUGGGAUGCAGAUGGGGUCUAUGUUUCCGGCAGUUCAGCAUCUAGGCUUAGGGAUUGCGGAUUCAAACCUCGGGAUGAUUGGCGCGAUUAAUGCUUAUAAUCGGAGUGGACGUGGCGGCGGCGGUGGUGCUGUGAUGAGCUCCGAUCAUGAUUCUGCGAUGGCCAGGCGGCAAGGGUCGCAGAGUGGAGGAGGAGAUGGGCAUAGCAAUUCUCAGUAGAGAGAGAAAGAUAGACACAGAGCGAGCGAGCGAGCGAGUAGCGAGCGAGCGAGCGAGAGAGAGAGAGAACAAAAGCCAAAAGGUAAUUCGGGGUGGGGAAUUAGUUCCUCACUGCAACUGAACACCACCAUUGCAAGCAAAAAAAAGAAAAAAAAAUCUAUAUAUGCUAUAUUUAUAUCAGAUUGUAUUGUGUUUGAUUUUGAAAUUUUUGUUUCUCUCUUCUUCUUCUUCUUCGCUGCGUUUGAACUGUGAGGUUUUUGAGUGCUGGAAUUAUUGAAGAUUGCCCUCUCUUUCUCUCUCUCUCUCUCAUGUUUUCUUUUGGCAUUAAUCACAUCGUUCGUAUUAUAUUUGAUUACCGUAAUGAUAAUGAAGAAGAACGGAGAGAGGUGAUUUGUGGGUCCGAAAUGGGCAUCGAAGCGGAGAAUGUGAUGGGAGGAUGAUAAUUUGUACAUUUGACUGUCGAAGUUUAAUUAGCAAGGAUUCCUUGUUUCUUGUUUUAUUAUAUAGACAUUUUCUGAGCAAGAGAACCACAGUGUAAUUAUUUCC